ACAGAUUCCACUGCCAUGAAGGUGAAGAUUAAGUGCUGGAAUGGUGCGGUCACUUGGCUUUGGGUGGCAAAUGAUGAGAACUGUAGCAUCUGCAGAAUGGCAUUUAAUAGCUGCUAUCCAGACUGUAAGGUGCCUGGCGACGACUGCCCGCUGGUGUGGGGCCAGUGCUCACAUUGUUUCCACAUGCAUUGCAUCCUCAAGUGGCUGCAUGCACAGCAGGCCCAGCAGCACUGCCCCAUGUGCCGCCAGGAGUGGAAGUUCAAGGAGUGAGGGCUUCUGCCCCCUAAGCUGCAUCUGGGCUUGGGCCCUCGCCCCAGAUGGUGUCCUGAAACCCCGUUGUCCUGCCAGAACCGGUGGCUUUGGUCUCUGAGGGGAUGGGCCCCUGUGGGAACUAUGAUGGGGUUGGAAGAAGGAUGGAGCUUCCUCUGUUUUUCCAUCACAAUGUUGAUGCUUUUAUCUAAUAUAAGUAAAACUUAUUACAUUACUGGA